AUGCGAACUCGAUACACAGCAUUGGCCACUCUUUGUGGCACUUUGUUGAUCUUCAGCUAUUCUUUGUUUUUAUUUUCUUCGAAAAGCAGAUUUCAAAGGGCAACUUUUAAGGGAGAAAAGGAAAGAAUGAGAACGAUUUUGAGUACAGAAGAGCCAUUGAUCUUUAUUGGUGGAAUUCCUAGAACGGGCACGACUUUGUUGAGAGUCAUGUUGGAUGCACAUCAAAGAAUCAGAUGUGGUGAGGAGACGGUACUGAUUCCAUAUAUUCUCACCGAUCGAGAAAGAUGGAGUCAAGGGAUGACAGCUGGCUCAAAUGUGACCGAACAAGUGAUUGACGCGGCUGUUUCAGCGUUUAUCGUUGAGGUGAUCGCAAAACACGGCCAACCUGCAGCUCGCUACUGUAACAAGGAUCCAUUCUCCUCUUGGUACAACACUUAUCUAGCGAAAAUCUUCCCAAAUGCUAAAUUUAUUGUACUAAUAAGAGACUCCCGUGCUGUGGUACAUUCAAUUCUAUCGCGGCGACUCCCCGUUUCGGGAUUUGUUUUUGAUGAUGAAGAGGAAUGUUUCCGUGUUUGGAAUGAGAACAUGAAAAAGAUGGUCGGACAGUGUCGACAAGUUGGAAACAAUUGUUUACUGGUUCAUUACGAGUCAUUGGUGAUCUCUCCACGUAAAGAAAUGGAGAAAAUCCUGAAAUUCUUGAAUGAACCGUGGUCUGAACAAGUGCUUGAGCACGAGAAACAUAUUGGAGAGAUCAAUAUAAAUCCAUUAGAGUUCAGCUCAAACCAAGUUGUCAAACAAGUCUAUCAGAAUGCUCUCCAUCAAUGGAAGGGUUACUUUUCCGAUUCACUUCUGCACAAAGUCGCUCAAUUAGCUCCAAUGAUGGAAACAUUAGGUUAUGAGCCGAAGAAUACGAAUCCCGAUUAUUCCCAAUUUUGCAUUGCCGAAGACGAUGAU